GUUAAAACUGAUUUGUUAUGAUUAAUGAACUAUUUUUUCAGAUCAAUAAAAUGCAAUGAAUAGUGCCGGGUGCUUAAGAUCUGGGGAUCCUGUAUGGUGGGAGAAUGAGUUAAGAAUGGACACCUGCCUGGCCUGUAAUGGAUUCUACGGACCCUGCUUCGGGGAACCAGUUUGCGCAACAUGCCACGCUUUCCUAUAUGCUUCAAGGGUGGAACAGGAAACGAACCCGCAGGCUCUAACCGAGGAUCCAAAUGAUCUUAGUGAUGACUGUGACAGUGGGAAUGAUGAACCGAGUGACUACUUUCCUCUUGAUCGAGGCCCGAGUCUUCCAAAUACACCUCAGGUUGAAAUGGAUCAAGAUGAAAGAGAUCCAUCCCUGCAGGAGUCCCCUGAAGACCAUGCAUCCUGGAACCGAAGUUUCCGUGUAGAGACUCUAGGGGAGAGAUUACAGAUGUUGGUAUCCACUGGACCUGCUGAUAUAGCUCCUCCAGGACUAGUUGACAGGGUUCCACCAGAGGUUUUAUUAGAAAUUUUCUCCUUCCUUGACGAUAUAUCCCUUCUAUCCGCUGGUAAUGUUUGUCGCAGAUGGAGACAAGUUCUAACUUCAAACUAUCAUUCAGAGAGAUGGCUGAGAUCUGUACAAAGGAGAUGGCCGUUGUUUACCCCUAUGGUCCGUGUAAAGGAUUGGUUCAGUGUGUUCUCUACUCUUGUAAAAAGCAGUUUUUGUUUAACAUGUAUUUAUCAGAUGUCUGAGUCAGUUAACUAUGAGGGUUAUAGGAGUGCUAUAAGAUCUAAGAGGUUGAUGCAUGAUCUGUCCGGAUUGAGUAAAGAUGCUCUAGAAGGAGUUAUGGCUCAACCUUUAGACUCAUCACUUUACCAUUGGCAGGCCAGCAUUAGAGGCCCUGUAGGAAGUCCUUAUGAGGGUGGUUUAUUCUACUUAUACAUGAAAGUUCCCUUUCUGUACCCUUUCGAUCCCCCUGAGGUUAGGUUCCUCACCAAAAUCUUCCACCCCAACGUGAGCAGGCACGGAGAUAUCGGGAUAGAUUCUAUUGAGAAAUCUAUCUGGGUUUCAGCUUUAACAUUGUCCAAGGUUCUUCUUUCAAUCCAGUCUCUGCUAACGGACCCAUUCUGUGAGGUGUGUAUGGAACAGGAUAUUGGUGAUUUAUAUAGGCAAGACAAGAAGACCUUCGAAUCCGUUGCCAGGAGUUGGACUUGGAAAUUUGCUAUGCAAGAUGUUCUACCAAUUUCUGUUCUUCCUGGAGCAGUGGAACAGCAUACAGAGGGGGAUUCUACACUAUAAUCCGUUCCUGAAUCCUUCUGGAGCAGUGGAACAGAAUACAGAGUAGGAUCCUGCACUAUAAUCGUUUACUUAUCCUUGCUUGAGCAGCGGUCUAAUGAAUACUGUUGAACAGAAUAUUAAUAGACCUCUACUAAUCCCUGCUGGAGCAGUGGUCUAUUGAAUACUGUUGAACAGAAUAUUAAUAGACCUCUACUAAUCCCUGCUGGAGCAGUGGUCUAUUGAAUACUUUU